AUGCCAGCGCCGCGGGUGCUGUGGAACACCGUGAUGAAGGCCUACGCAAAUGCAGGCGACUUGCCCGGUGCCGACAUGGAGUCUGCAAGCGUGGUGCCCAACGGCAAAACCUACGGCAAGCUCAUGGAGGCGGCAGCGAAGGCGGGCGACCCAGACUCCGCGGAGAGGUGGUUCGAGCACUCGACCCAGACGCUCGGAUGUGGGGCCAACCGCACCUGGUAUGGGCUGCUGAUGGACGCCUGUGCCAAGGCCGGCGACCCCCAGCGGGCUGCCCAUUGGCUUGCGGAAGCCCGCCGCGCGGAGCUAGCGCCGAAUCUCAUGUAUUACACCACACUGGUGGACAGCUGCGCCAAGGCUGCGGACCUUAUGGGCCUCCAGCGGUGGCUGAAGGAGAUGUUGAAGGACAAGUUUAUGCCCAAUGCCAGAACCCUUACGGCCAUCAUCGAUGGGCAUGCAAAAGCCGGAGAUGUGGCCGGCGCAGAGCAAUGGCACCGGCGAGCUGGAGCAGCCACAGAUGAGCCGCUGGACAUCAUCGCCUACACCGCUUGCUUGGAUGCCGCGGCCAGGGUCGGCGAUGCCGACGUGGCACAGAGUUGGCUCCAGAAGCUGCAGGAGGCCGGCUUGUCUCCAAACGAGAUCGCCUUCAACGCAGUCAUGGAUGCUAACCUUCGCUCUGGGGACCUUCCCGGCGCCACGGAUUGGUUCUACAGAAUGGUGGCAUUGCAGCUGACCCCUUCGGUGGUCUCUUACAACCUGCUGAUCUCCGGAAAUGCGGGCGCAGGGAGGACAGAGAAGGCCGCCAAGCUUUUCACAAAAAUGGUGACCGCGCGGGUCCCUCCGGACAUCAUCUCGUGUAAUGCACUGAUGCAUGGAUGCGCCAAAGCGCGCAAGCCAGCAGAAGCUCAGAAGUGGUUCUCCGAGAUGAAAUCCCUGAGUCUCUCUCCGGAUGAAAUCACGUACACGAGCCUCAUCGAGAGCUGCACGAGGUCGGGCGAUGUCGCAGGCGCUGACGACUGGCUGAGGGCCAUGGUGGAGGCCCAACUGACUCCGGAUGAGGUUGCCUACACCUCUGUCCUGACCGGAUUUGCUCGCGCUUCCGAUGUUGCAGAGGCACAGCGAGUGCUCUGCGACAUCAGAUCAGCACAACUUGAGCCGGACCUAGUGGCGUACACCGCCCUAGCCAGUGCAUGCGCGAGGGCAGGCGAUCCGGAGGGUAUUCAGAAGGUCUUCCGUGAUAUCUACGCUGCCGCCUUGCAACCGAACCUGCUUACGUGGACGGCCGCUAUCGCAGCCUGCGCACGGGCCCGGCCACCGCGCCCACGAGAGGCAGAACGAGCAUUCCAAUCGAUGCUCCGGCAGUCUCUCGAGCCGGAUGAGGUUGCGCUUCGGAGACUCGAGGAGGCCGUCGGACCACAGCGUGCUGCUGUGCUUUGCCGGGGACUGCGACUCCCAGCAGAUGUGGUGAAGAGCACGCGAAGAGCAGCUGAAAAGAUUGGUUGGGACCAUUGCGAGCCAUCUACUAGAGGCUUAAUUUGUCCGAGAUAUGAGAUCUAUCAUGCUUCAGGGUCUUGUUCUGGGACCUUGAUAGGUGUAGGGCAGGGAUGUGAACGGUCGCGAUGGUGUGAAAUUUGUGGCCACUGUGUGGUCUGGAUGUUUGAUUUUCUGGUCUUGCCAGGGGGUGCUUGGUUUCGGCUUCUGGCUGCAUGCCACUUAAGUUUCACUGUCGGACUACAAGAUUGA